AUAUUUAAGUAUUACUGUAGAUUGUUAAACAUAGCAGUGAGCGAUGCAUAGUAGUUACAUCAGCUUGGUAUUUUAUUACUGACUUUCAGAAGCUAGUUCUCACAAUGGCAUCUGUUACUAAAGAUUUUCACAGACUCUUAAAAAGAGUCGGCAAACUGACGGACGGACAGGCGACUAUAGCAGAUAUAGACCGGGAUGAAGGACUUCUUCAGAAAUUUCAUGUGAUCCUUCAGCCAAAUGCUGGCUUGUACAAAAAUGGGAAAUUUAAGUUUGAGGUUACAUUGACCAAAGAUUAUCCAGAUUCACCCCCAGUGGUUUGGUGUCACACUGAUAUAUACCAUCCUAAUAUUGACCCAACUGGGGAAUGUUACGGAGAAACGUUAACAAACGUGUGUCUGAACGUGCUGGAACAUGGUGUGUGGAGCAGAUCGUUCGGUCUGGAAGGAGCCAUUCUUGGUUUAUUAUUUCUGAUGCAUAAUCCUAAUCUUUCAGACCCAUUGUCACCUUAUUUUGAAGGAUCUGAUAACGACGAAUCAUUUGCGGAAAAUGUUAAAAAAUAUAUGGCCGGCGAAGAGUUUGACGAUAUUAGCUUUGAAACAGAUUUUUGUGUUAAAGAUGGCAUUUUGAUAACAGAACAGAGGACAGUGACAUCGGAAAUCAAAGAUGAGUCAGUUAAUAUGGCAGAGGGACAAGUAGAAGAUCUAAAAAUAGUAAAUGAUGUUAUAUCUGUUACCAAUACAAAAAGUAUUAACAGUGAUGAGAGAACCGCAGACGAAUCAAAACAUUUUGUGCUGAAUAGUUUUGUUAAUGGUGCCACUAAUGAACUACAGGAAGAAACCACCAGGUGUUCUUUAAGUGAGCAAGAUAUUAUAAAAGAAAAAGAUUCUGAAUUCGAUAAGGAAUUGGAUAGCAAACCCAAUUCAGAAACAGACAAGAAUACAGACGGUUUAGACGAUCUUGCAGCUGAUGAAAAAUGCAAUGAUGACGAAUGCAGCAAGUGUGACAUUGAACUAGUCAGUAUAGAUGGCGAAUGUGUUCUUUUGAUAAAUAGUUCUAUACAAGAAACAAACAGCGCGACAGAAACAUCUACAAGUGAUUCAGCAUCUGUAGAUACCAAUACAAAAGGCGGCGAUAACGUCGGCACACAGGAAAACACUGAAAUUAAAACUGAAACUGGCAUUUUGUGCAAUGAUGAAAACAUUGCAAAAGAUGAUUCAUGUUUAGAUACUAUUGCUGUACCAUUUGAAACAAACGCUUCGUGCAAUACAGAUAAUACUGCCAAAGUAGAUCUAGAUUUAGAUGCUACUAAUGUAAAAACUGAAUCAAAAGAUUCAUGCAUUACUGAAGCUAGCCUAAAAGAAGAUUAUGAAGACAGUGCUAUUAACGAUAUGUCUCCAGUUUUAAAUCCUCCUCUUCAGUUAAAUUGCAAACAACAUUACCUUGACGGCGAUAGUCUUUCAAACGAGGUUAAAUGUGGCUGUGGGACUUGGUAUAUGAUCAGGUCUGCUUUUAGUAAAAUAGUGCAUACAAUUGGCCACAAUAAAUUGUACAGAGAUAUUGGUAUAUAAAAUGUGUUCAGUAUAUUUUUAAUACAUACCUCUACAUUUUACAUUGAUUGUGAUAUAGUAAUAAUGUGUUGAUGUUGAAUUUUUAUUAGACAUAUCUAUAUUGUGCGACAAUACAUAUUUCUUAAGCAUGUAUAAAGAUUAACGAAAUUCAGUGCUUAAAUCAAUGUAUGUGUAAUAUUUUAUUAUUGUUCAAAAAGAAUUCUUUUAAUGAGCAUUUAUAAGACUAAAAUGUUUAAUUCUUUCCACAAAACAUCAGCUAUAUUCCAUGAACUUAUCAUGAAAGAGUGUGAUAUCAUACACGUGCUGGAGUGCAAGUAGUAUUCCAAUUUCUGCUGAGAGGUCAUAUGAACCAAAGAACAAUUUUAAAUUAGAAAAACAAACUGGGAAUGUUUUCAGUUUUGAUACAGGAUUAUUGACUGCCUAUUUUACCUCUAUAAAAUAUCUUGAAUCUAUAAAUUAACAUGACGGAAUG